CCGAUUCGGAACAUUUUUUUUGUCGGGUGGCCGGUGAGCGGAGCCAAGGAGAAAAAGGGAACGUUGACACGAAACGAAACAGCUGUUGCCGUUCCAAAGGAAAAGAAGAAUGCUGCGUAUUGUCAGUUCCGCAAUUCGAGCUGGCGUACAAUGCGUUAGUUCGCCAAGUUUUACAAAUCUUAUAAAGACCUCGCCAUGUACAUCAACCUCAAUUGUUAAUUCAAUUUGUCUUAGAAGUUUAAGUUUAAAUACCUCACAUAUUCAUAAAGAUGUAAACAUUGGGAAAAAUAGAACGCUGUUAAGUGCACCACUGGCACAAAGUAUCUUGCCAGUAAUCCAACAGCCAACUGUAAUUGCAAAUAGAAAUCUCAUAAAAUACUCCAUGAGAAAAGGAAAACGAAAAACUGUUAAGACCGUUGUUACUCGAUUUUAUAGACUUCGUUGGGGUAUUUGGAUUCGAACAAAAUGUGGAAGAACAAGUAAUUUAUGGCGUAAAUCACUGAAUCGCAAGAAGCGACUUUAUCGUCAUGUAUUUUGUAAUGCAAAGCAGUCUUGGUUAUUGGAUAAAAUGAUAACACCAUUUUGGGCGCGUCCGAAAUAUUAUGUGGACGAUCCAUAUGAGCCAUAUCACGAAAGAGAAAACUUUGAUCAUACAAGAAAGAGACCUUUACCUUAAGUAUGAAAUAAGUCAUUUUCAUAAAAGUAUUUACAAAUAAAGAUAUGAAAAUUGUAAAAAGAAAUUUCGGGAAAUAGAAAAAUGAAAUAUUAAAUAGUAAGUAGUUUUCCAUGUUUUGCACAAUAAAUUAACUCUGGUUAUUCAUUAUUAUUAUAA